CAGCAAUUAUGGUAUUUGCUGCCUGAAACUAUAUACCCUAUAAUAAUCACCUUAUCAUUGUGUUUCGAAAAAAAUGAAAGCGGGUGAAAGGCGGGGGCCGUGGGGUUUGGGGAUGAGUGGGAGGGGUCAAUUGGGGGAGAUGAGUGGGAGGGAUCGUCCAUCCACUUGAUGAAGAAAAGCAAACGAAGGUGCAUCAUGCGAACAGCGAAUAGCGGACGAUGAAGCCUGGCCCUGGCUGGCUGGCUGGCCGAUCGUGGUAGUAGUAAUCACGAAUCUUGACGAAAGAGGAUGCGGCCAAUUGACCUCUUUGGACAAGGCAGAUGGUCCUGGCUGGAAUCGAAGGAGAGAUGAUGGUGAAGCCUGGCCGAUCAUACAAUCUUGACGAAAGAGGAGGCGGCCAAUUGACGUCUUUGGACAAGGCAGAUGGUCAUGGCUGGAAUCGAAGGAGAGAUGAUGGUGAAGCCUGGCCGAUCAUACAAUCCCGAAGCUCGAGAACAGGAGAGUGUGGUGGUGGAGGACCCUUUGUCAAGGUCGAUGAGAUGACACAAUGCGCGUUCGCUCGCAGUUGUGCUCUCGAACAGAGGAGGGUGAUGGUCAUGGAUGGAUGGAUGAUUGGAUGUAAGGUGAGUGACGAGGAAGUUGGUUCAUUCAUUUCUAUCCCUUCGAAGUUAAAGGCAAAAAACACCGGAGGAGUGUCCGGUCAUUCUCGUACCGGUUUAGUAAUGGUGGGUGGUGGUAAUUUGGUGCCGAUUCUGCCGGAGGAGUGUCUGGUUAUUCUCGUACCGGAGGAGUGUCUGGUCAUUCUCGUUCGCGGUUCUGCUUGAAGUGUACAUGUCAUGUAUGUCUGCUAUUAUUGCCGCUUCUGCCGAACUUUUCGUUGCCCGUUGAAGCUGUUUCUUCUCUUCUUCUUCGUGAAGAACGCUCCCUUCUUGCUUGGAUCUAUGCCAUCCAGUUAAGUAUCUGCCCGUUAGCGACAGACAGGUGCGUCGAUGUUGUUUUUUUUCCGGCUGUGUUUGUGGGGGACCCCCUUGGUUCCAUAAUGCCCGUUCCCUCGCCUCUCUUUCCAUCCCUCUUUGCCUGGAUGUGAGUGAGUGCGUACAUCCGAAUGCAUGUGUGCUUUUGCCUUUGCGUGUGUGUGCGUGUGUUCUUGGUUUGUGUGUGUGUGUGUCUGGGGUGGGGGGGGCGGUGGGGGGGCGGGGGAAGAGAAGAGGGAGAAGGUAGAGGAUAAGCAGACAAGUCUCUGGGCAUGGGUGGAGGGGGRGGGGGGGGGGUUGUCUUGCAAAUGACAAGUUGUGCAAGUGAAAAUAUUGGCACAUUCCUAAGUCUGAGAAUUUGUUUGGGUCUCACAUCUGUGAACCUGUUGGAUGAGGUGGACGUAAAUAUGAUACGCUUGCUGAACACAUCACAGGGUGAUAGGAAGACUCUUCUCUACCCACAUCUCUGUCUAUUAACUCAAUAGGCAUCUGCUUAAGAUGAUGCUUUUUGGAUGCGGGGUUAUCGCAUAUCAUCAACCUCGGGUAGUGCCGCAGUGGUAGAGCUCCUUGGGACAAUUCAAUUAGAUGUGUAGGGGGGGAGCUUAAGACUGCAAAUACUUUUAACAUACGAGGAGAGAAGAAGAGGGCACAGACACAGCAGUCGGUGGUUGGCAGUGGUGGUGGUAAUGCGGGGCGUGCGGGAGGUUCGAUCCAUGUUGCAUAACUGACGACAACUGAUGCAGGGAAAACCUAUUAUGGGUAUAUAUUGUGGUUGAGGGAGCAGUCGUGGUAUAGGUAAUCUAAGGAGGGAUGGUGGUCGGAGAGGAAAGAGACACGUUUGGCUUCUCUGAGACCUUGCGCUGUUAAUAUAAAUAUGUAAAUUGAGUGUGUGGUGGUAGUGAUUGUUAUUAGAGAGUAGUAGGCAAAACUCAGAAAGUGUGACGGAGACGGGUGUAGGAAGUUAUGGGGGGAGGGAGGCGAGGGGCAGAGGGGAAGAAUGGAACGCAGAAAGACUGGAGAGAUCAGGGUUAGGACAGGGAGGGGAUGAUUGAACAUCAUAUGGUCGAAUGGGCUGGAGGGAAGGAGUGACGUGUCUUCCGUCGUUGAAGUCGCGAUUUCGCGUCUGACUAGUAGGGUCUUCAAUGCUUUAGCCAAUUAAUUCAUCUGUCACAUCUUUCAGAAUAACACGUCUCAACUCCUACGACUAUAGAGCUAUCUAUGCUUCUGUUUGUUUUAUAGGUAGAAAGAUCUGGCUAUGGCUACCCUCUGUACGGUGGGGAUAUGUCUAUAUGGGUAGCGCUGUCUGGAGUUGGUUAUGACUUCAGUCUGCACAAUGGGUGAGAGAAAUGUGUGUGAAGGGUGGGGUAGAGAAACUGCCUUGUCACCUCAGUGGCAUUUUACUUAUUCUACUGCUUGGGACUUUGGUUGGCAAGACAGCUUUUGUUGUUCGUUAAGACAGUCCGUCUUCUUCCUUUGCUUCGGUUUGUCACGUGUGGCUAAUAGUGAAUUAUAUUAUGUUGAACAAUACAGGGCAUGUGGAGCGCACGUGGUGCAUGAAGUUUGCAUGGAUGGUUGCUGCUAGUGUAAAUAAUUGUGGGCUAUGCACUAUGCAAGAGAUUGCUGUCAUCAUGCAUGCAGAAAAUGCCGUGUGUAAUUUCGGCGAUAGCGUUGAUGUGUGGACGUUACCGUUGAUGCGCUGCUUUGUCUGAUGUUUUAAAAGGUGACAUGAUGAAUUCGCUUCGCGACACUCUUGUGCGCUGAGCGA